CUCUCUCUCUCUCUCCUUGCACCAGUUCACAAGUGAACAGAAGAGUUCAGGCUUUUUGUUUGGCUUUCCUUGUUUUAGCAGAAGUGAAUUAGUAAGAGAGAGAGAGAGAGAAAUGAUGAGAAGUGUUGAGAGAGUGAAGGAGUUUCUUAGACCCUUGGUUGAUUCCAGAGACUGGGACUUUUGCGUUAUCUGGAAACUCGGUGAUGAUCCUUCUAGGUUUAUUGAAUGGAUGGGAUGCUGCUGCAGUGGUAGUUAUACUGAUAACAACAUUAAGCAUGAAAAUGUGGAAGUAGAAGAACAAGAAGAGAGACAAAAGAUGAUGAGCUGUAUUUGCAGAGAUGAACAUAACAAGCAUCAUAUAAGAAGCCUAGCUUGUGAAUCUCUUUCUCGUUUUCCUCUCUUCAUACCUCUCUAUCCCGGGAUUCAUGGAGAAGUAGUCAUGUCUAAAUCUCCCAAAUGGUUGAUUAAUUCAGGUCUAGGAUCUAAACAGGAUAUGUUUAGAACACGGGUUCUUGUCCCUGUCCGUGAUGGUCUAGUUGAACUUUUCUCCUUCACAAUGAAACCAGUUGAUGAAAGCAUGGUUGAUGUGAUCAUAUCGCAUUGUAACGCCUUCUUCGAACCAUUCCCUGAACAAACAUUUCCAUGUGGGGAACAAGCGCCGUGUUUGACUGUGAUGAACAAGCAAGAGAAUGUGGUGAUGCAAGAUAAUAAGAAGCUGACUAAUAAUGAAAAUUUCAAAUCAAAGAAUCUUCAUUCAGAGAGAAAAAGAAGAGAGAGGCUUAAUCAGAGAAUCUAUGCCCUAAGAGCCUUAGUCCCUGUCAUGACAAAGAUGAAUAAAAAUGGAGCUCUUAGUGAUGCGGUUGAUUACAUCAAUGAACUGCUGGUGGAGAAGCAGAAACUUGAAGACGAGCUGAGUGGAAUCAGCGAGGUAGAAUGCAGAGCAGAGGAAGAAGCUGUGAUAGCUAAUCCAGAAGCUGAAAAAGUUUCCUAUGAACUCAACAAGAAAGAGAACAACAACGAGGUGAAUCUUGAAGUCCACGAGACUGGUGAGGGAGAUUUCUUGAUUCGUGUCGCACAGGGGCAUAAACGAGAUGGAUUCAAGAGGUUGAUAGAAGCUGUAGAUUCGUGUGGACUUGAGAUCAUCCAUGUCAAUUUCACCAGACUCGACCUCAGUGUCAUGACCAUUCUCAAUGUUAAGGCGAACAAAGACGGAACUACACGUGAAGAUCUGAGAGAUUUGCUGCUGGAGAUGAUGAUAACUUCAGAAAACCCUAAUGCAGAGUCUGCAAAACAGUGUACAUAACCAACCAAAAAUGGGUCAGCAAAUGUUUUGUUUGCUUCAGCCACAAGUUACAGCUUAGAUCUGAUUUUCACAAGCUUCAUGGUGACAAGUUUAUAUGUUGACAGUAUUAUCAAAAAGUGCAAAAGAUCAACAUAACAACCGGCUCCAUGUGGUGGAUUGUGGCUUCUUAAAUCCAUUUUGUUACAUCAGUUUAUUUUCAUUAUCUUUUUAUUCAACCUCACUUGGUUCUGGCUAAUCAAGUGAGGCAUUUAAGUAGCAAGUGUCAUCUAUAAAAGGAAACAACUCAAUAAUCAAAUUCGUCUUGCAUAA